GCUGACGUCGAUAAAUUGUCAGCACUGUACCUUUUUGACAAACAGCUUGUAAACACAAAUAAAUAACAACAAGCCAUACACAGUUUGAGCGGCAUUCUGCAUUCGCUCGCUGAAAAAGUAAAAUAAAACUAAUGUGGACAUGAAUUCUGUUACGCUUCCCAAUUCAGACGCAUCCAAAUUCUGUCGCUUCUGCUUGUCGGAAAUCAAUCUGCUGAACGUGAUUGGUUCUAGUCCGAAGGCGCAGGAAACGCAUGGUGAGAUUCUCAGGCUUGCCAAAACCUAUCUGCAGCUGGAGCUUCGGCCAGACCAGGACUUUCCGAGCGCUGUGUGCGAGAUGUGCAUCGGGUUGCUGUAUGAUUUCGACAAACUGUACAAAAACGCACAGGAGUACAGCUAUGCGCUGCGGUUGCUCUUGCAAGGCCAGCGCAGGAAGAUGGUGAACGAUAUCGAGUCGGAGAUUCCCGUCAACACAAUCGAAUCCAUGAUGGACAUGUACGAUCCUUCGCCAAUUCUGUUCAUCGAUGUAGACAACAACGGGUACGAGGAACAGCUUAUUGUAUCGAAUGUGUUUGGCGGCGGCAGCGGUGAACAGAUCACCGUGGAAGACGUUCCCAUCGCGGAGCAGAACGAACGACAAGAGGCACAAAUCGAUGUGUAUCAUGUGGAUGGUCAGCUGCAGCACAUCGUCAUGGAGGGUGGAACCUUGAUCGAGCUGAAGACGGAGGAAACGCCGAAACCACCUGCCAAUCUUCAAACCACCCACCUGUUAAACGCCUCUCAUUCGAAAGGUGCUACAUACUCAGCCGUUAGAAAACGAUCGGCAGCAGCACCAUCCUUACCUGUGUUACCGAAGAAAUCCGUGCCAACAAAGCUUCCCUCAGCCGUGAUGUGCACGCCCACCCGAACGCUGAAUGUGGAGGCUAGUGGCAAGAGAAGACCGGCUCAGCUUACCGGCCAACAGCACAGCCAGAGUGUCGGCGGUGUUGCCUCGAAACAGCUGUACCGUUGCAACCAGUGUUCGAAUCUCUUUGUCGAGCUGUCCAACUAUUACAGGCACACCUGCCAAAAGCGGCAAACAGAUGGUACCGUUCAGAACAGCUCCUCGAAACAGUCGGCAGGCGCGAGCGACGGUCAGCGGACUCAGUGCAAGCUGUGCAACAUGUCGUACCGGACGAAGCUACAGUAUCAGAAGCACGAGUACGAGGCGCACGGUAUUAGGAAUGAAAACUUUGGCAUCAAAUGUACCAUUUGCCACAAACUGUUUUCCCAGCGCCAGGACUACCAGCUGCACAUGCGAGUGAUACACCCGAUGCAGGGCGUUAGUUUCGUGAAGAUACACGGAUAAUGAGCAUCGCACCUUUAAGUCGAUCGUAGGCCGGCCAUUCGGCAGUGAACUAUAGCCUGGCCAAAGCUGAUCCUAGACCGGGCGAGAUGCGAUCGAAUCGUGUGCUGGGGAGGCUACUUUUAAACCACAACCUGACUUCAUUUAAUAGUAAUAUUCUUAUUGUGACGAAGACUAAUAAAUUUACUUUUUCAAAACAUUA